CUCAUCUUUCUUAUUCUCCAUCUCUCUGUGUUCUCUCACUACUCUUACUCUACUUCUCUCGGUCUUUUGCUAUUUUCUCAUACUGGGAGAAACCAAUUGGCCAUUGACACCGACAGUCAUGUCCUCGCCGCAGGGCCAGUGGUCUCUCUCGGCCCUCAUCAAAUAUCCAUUUCUGGAAAUCUUUAGUUUCGCCUAUGUCGUCUUCCAGACUGUGCUCAAUUGGGUCUUUGCCCCUGUUCCUCCACCGCCGACUUCGCCUGCCACCAGUCUUCCCAAGAAGCGUGUUGCCGUCAUCGGUGCUGGUCUAACAGGAGUCUCGUCUGCUGCUCAUUGUGUCGGCCAUGGUUUCGAUGUGCAACUCUUCGAGAGUCGAUCUAAGGACAAGGGUCUGGGUGGGAUCUGGAGUAGAGUGAACUCGACAUCCUCGCUCCAGAUUCACAGUCUGAUGUACCGGUUCCAUCCCUCUGUGAGAUAUGAUACCGCCUAUCCGACACAACAGGAAAUCCGCGACCAGAUCGUUGGGGUGUGGAAGCGCUAUGGCCUGCAGAAGCGGACCGUGUUCGACACCAAGGUGACCUCUGUGAAACAAGGAAAGGAUGGUAAAUGGAUCAUCAACGACAAUGAAAAGGAAUACGGCCGUUUCGAUGGCAUUCUAGCCACGGUGGGUGUCUGUGGUGACCCCAAGAUGCCGACUCUCCCCGACCAAAGCAAGUUCAAAGGCGGCCUGUACCACUCGUCCGAUCUCGACGGCAAGCACGUUAAAGGCAAGAAAGUGCUCGUGGUUGGCGGUGGUGCCAGUGCCAUCGAAGCACUCGAGUUUGCUGCUAAGUCUGGUGCCCGCGAGAUCGACGUCCUGUCCCGUUCCGACAAGUGGGUGAUCCCGCGAAACUUUUUUGUACAGUCGUUGUUGGCCAUGAACAUUUUUGGACAAGAAACCACCCUUUCAUGGGUUCCCGAAUGGUUGUUGCACAAGCUGUUCUACCGUGACAUGCAGGACAUUGCCCCGUCCGGAGGUCUCUUUACGCAGACGCCCAUGGCCAACUCGGAGCUGUUCGAUUUGAUCCGAGAUGGUCACGCGCGCUGGAUCCGUGGUGAUAUUGUCCAGGUCCAGGAAGAUGGAAUUCUCUUCAACCAUCGUACCCAAGGUGUUCCCAAGGGCGGCCCUGGCCGCGAAUCGGUCGUGACGGGUGAUGUGAUCAUCUUGGCCACGGGUUUCAAGCGUCCUUCGCUUUCCUUCUUGCCAGACGAAGUUUUCGAAGAGCCUUAUGGACCGCCCAGCUGGUAUCUCCAGGUCUUCCCGCCCAAGUACACCAGCAUCUGUGCCAACAACAGCACCUACGUCGAUGCCAUUGGUACUGUGGGUAACAUGCAUAUUGGCAUCUACACCCGGUUCCUUCUGAUGUUUUUGGUUGAUCCGCUGUCGCAACCGACUGAGGGUCGUAUGAAGACCUGGAUUGACUGGACUCGACUCAUGAAACGGUUCUCCCCUACAGGUGCCUUUGACUUCUUCACCUACUCAGAGCUCAUCUACUGGUUCCUGUUUGUGAUCUUGGUCAACCCUUUCCGUUGGAAGUGGGCGCCAUUUGUCCUGUUUGGUGUCGGCCGGGCUUUGCCAAUGGAAGUGGUUAAGCGGGAAGAGGCCCUUCGCAAGACCUUGAGAAAACAACGUUGAUUAACGAAAAAAAUAAAGCAAAAUGGUAUAGAGGCGUCGGAAUUGCUACAUGUGUAUUGAUGAUUUUCUGUACAGAUAUCCUUAGUUUUAACAAUCACGUGUGUUAUUUUUAUCCUAUCUUUUCCUGCAAAAUCUUUUCAUGGUGUUGCUCUAGGAAGCAUCAUGUUCGAAUAUAUCUCUACUGCCGGCAGAACGAGACAAACGCCAAUCAAUAUAUUACCAAUCUGUAUCUAAAAUAGCACUAUCUAUAAAACAGGAAAUGCAUUGUAAUCGAUUACGCU